AUGGGGAACCUCUACAAGACGGACAUCGAGAUCUUCCCCACCGACCUGGUGAAGGCGCUAGUGGACUCGCUGCAGAAGGACGAGCGCUCCCAGGCGGACCGGCGGCCAGAGCUCAAGCGGCUCAUUUUCAAGGUGAAGACAGACAACGAGAUGGUGCUGGUCCAAGCUGACGAUCACGUGAAGAAGUUCCAGCUCCCUAAGACCCACAUGCUGCAGGAGGACUUUGUGAAGUGCAUCCAGGAGUCUGGGAUUGUGAAAGACGUCGCCACCAUCCAUAGGCUGUUUGAGGCUCUCACUGUGGGGCAACAGAAGCAGAUUGACCCAGAGGUGUUCCGUGUGUUCUACACCUUCUGGAAGGAGACGGAGGUGGAGGCCCAGGACGUUCACCUGCCAGCUGAGGUCAUAGAGCACCUGGACAACAACGAGUGUGUCUACAAGCUGUCCUGCUCCAUCAAAACCAACCAGGGAGUGGGUAAGAUCGCCAUGACACAGAAGAGGCUCUUCCUGCUCACUGACGGGAGGCCUGGGUUUAUCGAGAUCACCAAGUUCAGAGACAUAAAGGAGGUGAAAAUCUCCUUUGCUCCUUUCCUGCUGUUGAAGAUCCCGUCUCUGAAGAUCAAGUGCAGUCUGAGGAAGGAGGUGUUUGAGGCCAACCUGAAGUCUGCGUGUGACCUGUGGAAUCUCAUGGUCAGAGAGAUGUGGGCUGGGAGGACGAUGGCAGACGACCACAAGGAUCCUCAGUACAUGCAGCAGGCUUUGACUAACGUCUUGCUCAUGGAUGCUGUGGUUGGGUGCCUUCAGAGCCAGAAGGCCGUAUUUGCCGCCUCCAAACUGGCAUACUUUGACAGAGUGAAACAUGAAGUUCCUAUGAUGGUUCCAAAGACAACAUCGGAGACGUUGAAACACAAGAUCAAUCCAUCACUAGACCUCCCAGCUCCACAGACUGUACACGUCUUACUCUACACACCAGGCCAGUUGAGUUACUCGGAGGCAGACGGAGAUGGGAACCCCAAGCUGUGGUGUGCCCUCAGUGGUGGCAGGGUGGUUGUGUUUGAUGCAGCCAGCUGGUCCAUGCAGCAGAACUGUGUUCAAGUGGGAUCCUCCCAACUGAACUGCAUGCUGGGAUUGGACCAGGAUCAAGUAUGGAUUGGCUCCCAGGAUUCUAUCAUUUACAUAAUUGAUACUCGCAGCAUGUCCUGCAAUAAGCAGCUGACAGAGCACAGGCAUGAGGUUAUGGACUUUGCCCUGGAGGAGAGUGACAAGAUGAGCCAGACAUACUCCUGUAGUGCCGAUGGAACAGUCAUUCUGUGGGACCUCUCAACGCUAAAAGUGAAAAAGCAGUUUCAACUGGCCUGUGAUUGGCUUAUGUCCAUUCAGCUCUUCAAUGGAACACUGUGGUGCUGUGCCAGAGACGGCAUCGUUGAACUGAGGAAGGACGGAACCCCACAUCGUAAGAUGACACUUCCUGAGGAUCUACGGAGCAUGCCCACUGAGUUCAGCAGCCUCAUCCUCUUCGUAGAGAGGGGCCAGUUGUGGACGAGCUGUUCUGAUUCUGACGAGCUCUGUCUCUGGCACUGUAAAGACCUGACCAAGCCUUUCCUGAGGGUGCAGCUGCAGAACUGUACAGGGGUCAACUGUAUGAUCAAGGUUAAGAAUCAGAUCUGGAUUGGCUGCAGCGGGCCGAGCCCUGAUCAAUGCAGGGUGAGUGGGAAGAUCUACAUAGUGGACACAGAGAGCCACAGUGUAGAGAAAGAGCUGAUGGCCCACACAGACAGUGUCCAGGCACUGUGCUCUGCAGAGGGCCGCUAUGUACUCAGCGGCUCCGCCUGCCAGGAUGGCAAAAUCGCCAUUUGGAAGGUUGAGUAGAGGACGAGUAGCCUGGUCCAGUAUCUGUUUGUGUGGUUUUGCCAACUCUUAAGUGAAUAAAAUGUUUGGCACAACAAUGACCGGAGUUUCCUAAACAGCAGAAAUAGAUGUGGGACCAGGUUAGAGGAAGAGCCCUGCAGACCCUGAGGAGUCCUACAGGUCUGAAGAGGCUAUAAACCCCUCAAACUCAACUCUGGACCUGGAAGCCAGUUCCACUGCUUUGUUUCAUUGUUCCCCUCUAAUCAGGGACUGAUUUAGACCAGGGACACCAGGUGGUUAUAAUGAAUUAGCAGGUAGAACAGAAAAGCAGCAGGAUCUGGACCUCGUGGGGUCAGAGUUGAAAAUCCAUGCUAUAGACUAUAAAUUGUUCUUAUUUUCCCUGAACACCUCAGAGAGACGGUGAGCUUCUAAAUGUUUUUUCAAAGCUUUGUUCUAAAAUGUGCUUUUCCUGGAUUAAAGACUCAAGGUUGGCCAUUUUUUCUUUUUCACAUCAUUCCACCUCUGUGUCCCAACCCCACCAUGCUGCUCCACCUUGUGGUCUGCCCCCCAACCCCACCACGCUGCUCCACCUUGUGGUCUGCCCCCCAACCCCACCACGCUGCUCCACCUUGUGUUCUGCCUCCCAACCCCACCAUGC